AUUUUUAUUUUUAUGUAACAUGCAGAAUUGCUAGAGAGGGAGAGGGAGAAGCACGAAAAUAACAGAACAGUUGAGUGUGCAUGAGUUCAGAGCGUAUGCAAAUUUUGCCUCGUCUUUGGCGCGUAGGAAAAUCGACCCAGAGGAGACAUUUCUUUUUAUGAUUUAUUUUAUUGAUUUUGAUAACACUAGAAGGUACAUAUCCCCUCUACUCUGUCAAAAAGGCAGACACAUAUCCGCAAUUGAAAAGCAUGAUGCCCAUGACUUGUGAAAGUUCAAUUGUUUUCCUGUCACAAAUAUGUCAGGCUAAGAUGAACACAACAAGAGCCCUUCCGUCAGGGAAUGAAUUAUCAACAAACACAAUAACUAUCUCACCAAAGACAAGUUGUAUGCGAUGCAUGAUUUUCCGAUCCGAAUAUAGCCCAAAAGCUGUUAGUCCCGUGGAGAAGAAAAAAGGGAAGAAGACAACAGGAAAGAAAGAGCACCACUUGUGGAAAAGUAGAGAUUCAGCUCAGUCUGGCCAAAAGGCACUCACUCUUGUUAGAAAUGUUUGUAAACUCCCUAAUGAGAAAGAGGCUGUUUAUGGGGCAUUAGACAAAUGGACAGCUUGGGAAAUAGAGUUCCCAUUGAUUGCAGUGGCUAAGGCUUUAAAAAUCUUAAGGAAAAGGCGUCAGUGGGUUCGUGUAAUUCAAGUAGCAAAGUGGAUGUUAAGCAAAGGUCAAGGAGCAACGAUGGGAACAUAUGACACCCUUCUUCUAGCAUUUGACAUGGACCAGAGGGUAGAUGAGGCAGAAUCAUUGUGGAACAUGAUCAUACAUGCCCACAUGCGCUCUGUCUCAAAGAGAUUGUUUUCUAGGAUGAUAUCGUUAUAUGAUCAUCAUAAUAUGCCAGAUAAGAUUGUAGAGGUAUUUGCAGACAUGGAGGAACUGCGGGUAAAACCUGAUGAAGACACGGUCAGGAGAGUGGCAAGAGCCUUUAGAGAACUAGGCGAAGAAAAGAAGCGGAAAUUGGUUAUAAAACGAUAUGGGCUUAAAUGGAAGUACAUUCACUUUAAUGGUGAACGGGUGAGAGUUAGAACACAAGCAUGGGAAGUUAAUGAAUCUACCAAAAAUGGGUAGGUACAGUAUAUGUCAAUGAGGUCACCACUAAAUCCUAAUUUGGGAUCUGCCGUUUCAGAGCAAUUUUCUAGUUUCGUUCUGCUUCUGCUGCAUCAGUUUGGUUCAUUGUUGUAUAUCCAGGACCAAUAUAGCAGCUACUGAUCAUUCAGGGUUUGUACUACAUUGAGGGAUGGAUGGGGGAACUACACCCUAAAUUGAAAAAUGACAAUGUUGUAAUGUAGAUAGACAUGUAUUUACAGCAGAACUUGUUGAUAUGAUAUAUAAGAUAGAUUGGAUGACGAAUCUGACAUUGUAUUUUUUC